AUGGUUCUUCUGGGUGUAGGUCCAUGGGUGCCAGAGUCACCCUCCUCCCUCACCUUCCUCCUCGUCUCCUUCCUUCUUCUUGGAGAAGAAAGCGACACGGUUCUGGGCAGCCCAGAUGGCAAAUCCUGCAAUUGCAAGGAGCAGGAAGAGCACAAUGAUGAUAAUAGCAAUAGUGAUGUUGCGCUUCACCAUCUUGUCGACCUGGACCCUGGUGGGUCGUGGUGGAUAAUUGUGGAGGUCUGGAGCUUCGUGUAG